ACCGUCGAGCUACGGCCGGGGCAUGUCCUGGCCCACGUCCACCGCCAUGCCUCCCACGGCGAGGACGCCCGCCCCCGCGGACUGGAUGCCUAACUCGUUCCGAGUCACCAACGGCGGCAUCUCUAGGGUGUCGACGGCGGCCCCCGCGCCCGGAGGCCCCGGCGCGGCGGCAGACCCGUGGUUCCCCAGCACCCUGGCCGGCAGCGAUUCGGCCGUCAACAGCAACGCGGUGGACGAGCCCAACCAGCAGGGCCUCAACGCGGCGGGCAACCUCCCCGGAGCCGCCCCCCGCGCCGCCCCCAUCUACGCGUGGCUCGAGAGGCUGGCCGUCCUCCACGCCGGGCUGGUGGACGUCGUCCGGGGCGGCCGCAGCUUCGAGGGGAGGCCCAUCAAGGGAGUGCGCCUGUUCCCCGGCAAGGACAAGCCGCGCCUCUUCAUCGAGGCCGGGAUGCACGCGCAAGAGUGGAUCACGACGAGCACUGCCUGCUGGCUCAUCCACCGCGUGCUGCAAGCCGACGAGGCCGACGCCGCGCCCUGGAGCGGCCUGGCCCGGGCCUUCGAGUGGCACGUGUUCCCCAACGUGAACCCGGACGGCUACGAGUACUCCUUCAAGACGGAGCGGGCCUGGAGGAAGACGCGCAGCAAGGGCCUGGUGUGCUACGGGGUGGACGGCAACCGGAACUGGGCGUACGGCUGGAACCCGGGCAACAGCACGACCCGCCACCCCUGCGCGCGGAACUUCCCCGGGCGCGCGCCCUUCUGCGAGGCGGAGACGCGCGGGCUGUCCGAGUACGUCCGGUCGCUGGCGCCGGGCGCGCGCCUGCGCCUCUACGUCAGCCUGCACUCGUCCAAGCAGAUGAUCCUCUUCCCCUGGGGCUGCUCGCGAGAACACAGCGCCGACCACGAGGAGCUGAUGGAGAUCGGCCAGAGGGCGGCCAGUGCGCUGGAGCGGGUCCACGGCACCAAGUUCCAGGUCGGCCCCAUCGCCAGCACCAUAUACAUGGCGCCGGGCAACAGCGUGGACUGGGUCUACGCCGCGGGGGUCAAGUACGCCUUCGCCAUGGAGCUGCGGAACCCCGUCAAGCCCGAGCAGUACGUCAGCGCCUCCGCCAUCGAGGCAACCGGCGAGGAGACCUUCGCCGCCAUCAUCACCAUGCUCGAGGAGGUGGCGUCCCGGUCGUCCCGGUGCGGCAAGUGAGUGAGUCCAGGUCGGCCAGGAAGAAAACAACAAGAAAUUCUUUUCUUUCAAGAUAAUUUAUUAAAUCUGGAGAGUGCAGACUCUUGUAUCUAUAAAGACAAAAAGAAAAAAAAACUGCAAUCACAAUGUCGUUUAGGGGACAGAAAUUGGCCUCUACUUUUAUAUUGGUUUUAAGGAUUGGCAAUGGAAGUAGAUUCAUAUCCCAUUGUACGAAUUCAUUAAAUUAUGUUACAUCAUGCAAUGAUGAGUUAGGAAGAAAAACAAGAAAGGUCCAUUCAGUCUCCUCUGGCUCAUUUCCCAGUAUCACAAAUACUGUUGUACUA